CCUAACAUCAUCUUCUUCACGAGUUAGACUCCUCUUCUUCGCAGAGCAACUGCAACUGGAGACUCGCAGCAGCUGCAAGCGCAACUAAGUUCUUUUCUUCUUCCUUCUUCUUCUUUCUUCUCUACUCCGAAACCAGUAAAAACUAGCCUCUGUCGAAUCCAGAAGAAGAAGCUAAGUAUAUUGCAAAAUAAACCCCGCCAUAUCCUUGACCGUAUCGCUCGUGUGUCCAUGGCGUACCGAAGGCGUAUCGGAUGGUCAAGAUAACAGAAAAGUUUGCCGUAUCCUCAGUAUCCGAUACGAGCAUACCCCUUCUUCCGUCUCAGUUUUUAGAAAUGGUGGGGGUGCUUCGCUCUCUCUGGUCCUCCACCCGAAACUCUUUCUCUUCCUCAGCUUCAUCCAUCUCUCCCAAACCGUGCCUACUGCCCCCACGCGCCUCAGCACUCGCACGCGCCUUCUCGGCAGCCACUGCGGCCUCCGAUGCUACUUCACCGAGCAGCGCGCUGAACCCAAGCCGGCUCCGCAACGUGGCGGUAAUAGCUCAUGUUGACCAUGGCAAGACCACGCUCAUGGACCGCCUCCUCCGCCAGUGCGGGGCUGACAUCCCCCAUGAACGCGCCAUGGACUCCAUCAGCCUGGAGCGGGAGCGCGGCAUCACCAUCGCCUCAAAGGUUACAUCAAUUCCGUGGAAGGAGUAUGAGCUAAACAUGGUUGAUACGCCUGGACACGCAGAUUUUGGUGGUGAAGUUGAGCGGGUUGUUGGUAUGGUUGAGGGGGCAAUUUUAGUUGUUGAUGCUGGGGAAGGUCCGCUUGCGCAGACAAAGUUUGUACUUGCAAAAGCCUUAAAAUAUGGGCUGCGACCUAUUCUUCUUCUAAACAAAGUAGAUCGUCCUGCAGUUUCGGAAGAGAUGUGUAAUGAAGUUGAGAGUUUGAUAUUCGAUCUUUUUGCGAAUCUUGGUGCUUCAGAGGAGCAGCUAGAUUUUCCUGUGCUGUAUGCUUCUGCUAAGGAAGGUUGGGCUUCCACCACUUACACCAAAGAUCCACCUGCUGAUGCAAGAAAUAUGUCAUGGCUGCUUGAUGCCAUUAUAAGUCAUGUUCCUCCACCAACAGCCAAUCUUGAGGCACCUUUCCAGAUGCUGAUUUCCAUGAUGGAACGAGACUUCUACCUUUGACAAAUAUUGACUGGACGGGUUUCUUCUGGCAGCAUUCGUGUUGGUGACAGAGUUCAUGGGCUGCGUUACAAAGAUUCUGUUGAGAAAAUUGAAGAAGGGAAGGUUGUGAAACUGAUGAAAAAGAAGGGAACACAUAUGGCCCUAAUUGAUAGUGCUGGAGCUGGUGACAUAGUAUCCAUGGCUGGGUUGGCAAGUCCAUCCAUUGGCCAUACGGUCGCAAACGUUGAGAUUAUGAUUGCAUUACCCACCGUUGAGUUGGAUCCCCCAACUAUUUCCAUGACUUUUGGUGUUAACGACUCUCCAUUAGCUGGUCGUGAUGGUACCCACCUCACUGGAGGAAAAAUUGGUGAUCGGCUAUCAGCUGAAGCGGAAACCAAUCUCGCCAUUAAUGUUCUUCCAGGCUUAUCAGAAUCAUAUGAAGUUCAAGGGAGAGGAGAGCUUCAACUAGGUAUUUUAAUUGAGAAUAUGAGGCGGGAAGGCUUCGAGCUGUCUGUCUCACCGCCCAAAGUCAUGUAUAAAACGGAGAAUGGUCAAAAGCUUGAGCCAAUUGAAGAAGUUACUAUUGAGGUAAAUGAAGAGCAUGUUGGGUUAGUUAUGGAAGCCUUAUCUCAUAGGCGAGCUGAGAUUGUUGACAUGGGUCCUGUUCCAGGAAGUGUUGACAGGACUAGAUUGUCUUUGACAUGCCCAUCAAGGGGUCUGGUUGGUUACAGAAGCGUGUUUAGCAGUGACACACGUGGAACUGGAUUUAUGCAUCGCGCUUUCUUAACCUAUGAAAAACACAGAGGUCCUCUUGGAAAUGUCAGGAAAGGAGUGUUGGUGUCAAUGGGCUAUGGUACAAUCACAGCCUAUGCGUUAAUGAGUUUAGAACCUCGAGGAACUCUUUUUGUGAAUCCUGGCAUGGAGACAUAUGAUGGCAUGAUUGUUGGCGAACAUUCGAGGGACACGGAUCUAGAUGUCAACCCUGUAAGAAAUAAGGAACUUACAAAUGUGCGUGCUGCAAGCAAGGAUGAGAAUGUGAAACUAGCUCCUCCUCGCCUUAUGACUCUUGAAGAAGCGAUAGGCUAUGUAGCCUCUGAUGAGCUUAUUGAGGUUACACCAAAGGCCAUUCGGUUAAGGAAAAAAUAUAUGGAUGUUAACAAGCGUAAAAGCAUGAGUAAACGGCCAAAGGAAUAAAUCUCGCCGUUCGUGCAGUUUUGUAACUUCAUUAGGUAAUACUUAAAUGUUUCAAAACGGGUAAUUAUAAUACGCACCCAACUGGUCCACCUCAAUUUUGGUGGGAGUGUCACGGAAGGCAUGUUCUUUAACAAACAUGGAUGAGCAAAGAAACUUGAUGUAAUAAGUGUUGCAUUUAAUUAUAUAGCUAGCUAUCUUAUUGGGGCCCUUUCAUGGCUUUUGCCAAAUUUUGGUGAUAACAUUAUUAUCUUAUGGAGGUUGAAUUUCCGGACUUGGUGGCUUA